AUGGGAGUGCCAGCAUUAUUCAGAUGGCUUUCCAAAAAAUACCCCAAGAUUAUAUCCCCAGUGAUAGAGGAAGACGAGCAUGAAAUAGGAGGAGCAAAAUAUGAAGAUCCUAAUCCAAAUGGAGAGAUUGACAAUUUGUAUUUAGAUAUGAAUGGUAUUGUUCAUCCAUGUUCACACCCGGAGCAUAAAAGACCUCCAGAAACUGAGGAUGAGAUGUUUUUGGAUAUUUUUACAUACACAGAUCGAGUGCUAAUGAUGGCACGUCCUAGAAAAGUUCUCAUGAUUGCAGUCGAUGGAGUUGCACCAAGAGCUAAAAUGAAUCAACAGAGAGCAAGAAGGUUUAGAUCUGCUCAGGAUGCCAAAUUCAAGCAAAUGGCUAUUGAUAAGGAAAUACGGGAGAAGGAAGCCCGUGGAGAGAUGAUCAACGAUGCAAUCAAGGGUAAAAAGCAAUGGGAUUCAAACGCUAUUACUCCAGGAACUCCUUUCAUGGAUCGACUAGCCGAGGCUUUGAGGUAUUGGGUUGCAUAUAAACUAAGCACCGAUCCUGGGUGGGCCAAUUUGCAAGUUAUUAUUAGUGAUGCUACAGUACCCGGAGAAGGUGAGCAUAAGUUGAUGAGCUUUAUUCGUUCGCAGCGAUCUGACCCUCAAUACAAUCCAAACACCAAGCACUGCAUAUAUGGUUUAGAUGCAGAUUUGAUUUUCCUUGGUUUGGCCACUCAUGAACCACAUUUUAGGGUAUUGAGAGAGGAUGUUUUUGCCAAUCAACAAAGACACAUGACAGUAUCCGACCAUGUGGGGAUGUCCAAGGAUCAACUUUCAUUGAUUGAAGAAAGAGAUAAAAAGAAGCCGUUCUUGUGGUUACAUGUCAACGUUUUGAGAGAAUACUUGGCGAUUGAAUUGUACAAUCCACAAAUUUCAUUUCCCUUUGAUUUGGAGAGGGCGAUUGACGAUUGGGUUUUUAUUUGUUUUUUUGCUGGUAACGAUUUCUUGCCUCAUUUACCGAGUUUGGAUGUGCGGGAUAAUGGUAUUGAUACUCUAGUCGGUUGUUGGAAAAAAUGUCUUCCUCGGUUGCGUGAUUACUUGACGUGUGAUGGAAAGUUGAACUUGCAAAGUGUUGAGGUUCUUUUGGGUGAUUUGGCUAUCAAAGAAGAUGAGAUUUUCAGAAACAGAUUUGCGAUGGAAAAAAGAAGGGAAGAUAACCGUAAAAGGCGGAAGGUUGCAGAGGAGCAAGAUAAGGCAUUGAAAAGUGUAUACAUGUCACAAGUCACCAAGGGAAAAGACAAAGCUCCUGUUGUUCCAGAUAAGAAUUUACCACUAAUGGACACAAGUGGGAAUGUAGUGGAAGGUCACGCACAAUUGUCGAAUAAGGAUAUUGUUCAAAACAGGGAUACAAUUGCACUCGCAGGUAUGGCUAAUAACGAUGCGGCUGCUGCACUCAAGAAAUUGAUUGAUUCAAAGAAACAACUUAAUGAGAUUACCCCAAUAGAGAGUGAAUCUAGUGCUGUGUCCACUCCUGCGUCAAAUGGUGGUACUGACCUGGAAGAGCCUCAGCAAGUGAAUUUCAAGAAAAGACAAGUUGAUGUUGAUAUUUAUGAUGAACCUGUUGAUGAUAUUCGAUUACAUGAACCAGGAUAUCAAAAACGUUAUUACCAAGUUAAGUUUCAUUGCAAAACCGAUGAAGAGGUGGAACAGGUGAGACGUAAUGUAGUCAAGAGCUAUAUUGAGGGAAUAUCAUGGGUGGCAUUGUACUAUUAUCAAGGGUGUCCAUCUUGGACAUGGUUCUAUCCGUACCACUAUGCUCCAUUUGCAUCUGAUAUGACCAACUUGGACGAAUUGUUCCCUGAUGGUAUCAAGUUUGACUUGGGUGAGCCAUUCAGACCAUAUGAGCAAUUGAUGUCAGUUCUUCCUGCUGCUUCGAGUCAUGCUUUACCAGAAGUGUUUCACGCAUUGAUGAAAGAUCCCGAUAGUGAAAUUAUUGAGUUCUACCCAGAAGAGUUUGAAAUUGAUAUGAAUGGGAAGAAAAUGAGCUGGCAGGGGAUACCAUUAUUGCCAUUCAUAGAUGAGAAGAGAUUGCUAGAUGCUGUUCAAGGAAAGUAUGAAGAGUUGACUGAGUACGAAAAGGAAAGAAACACAAACAAACAGGCCGAGCUAUUCAUAUCAAACGAAAAUAAAAACUAUAAAAAGUUUACUGAAGCUUUUUAUAAAGAUGAGUUGGACUCUAUCAAGUUUCCAUUUGCGAAAAGUAGCUUGUCGGGGUUGGCUAUAAAGUUCCCACCAUUUGAUCCAAGUGGUACAUUCAAGUUUCCCUUGAAGGAAGGCAAUAUGCCAAAUAUUGACAACAAAGACUAUUUGCAGGUGGAGUAUCACUUUCCAGAAAAGGCAUGGGGAAAGUCCAUGAUUUUGAAUGGAUAUAUCCCCGCGGUACCGGCUUUAUCCACGGCUGAUCGAAACGAAGUUCUUUACCAACUUCUGUCAAAUGAUAUGCGUGGUACGAAUCGUGGAUUCAAUAACAACUUUCAAGCUAGUAAUUACGUCAACAAUGGACCUCAAGGAAAGGAGGUUUUCAAAAUGUACUCUAUGAGAAGAGGCGGCUAUCGUUCCAGCUUGCAACACUUGAAAGAUGGGAAUAAGAAUGAUAGAGUACCAAAUGGGGGUAGUGCCAAUCCAUACGGGGUACAAAACCGUUCCGGACACUCAGUUUAUGGCCAAAAUGUUUAUGGCCAACCACAAUUGUAUAAUAACGUUUAUGGCAAUAUGCAAAGACAAACAUAUCCAAGCCAAGGUGCAGCUUACAAUCAGUUUGCUCAAGCGUCGACAUACCAACCACGGGGUGGAAACAAUGGAGCUCAUGGUGGGUACUAUCCACCACCUGGUUCUGCUGGUAGAAAUGGCUAUAGAUAA